AUGGGGCUGGCACCUGGCUCUUCCCAAAUCCCUUUUCCCGGUGGAUUUGGGGCUGGCAUGAUGCUGGAGAAGCUCCGAGCCAAACUGGGGCGCUGGGGCCGGCAGCUCUGCUAUUCCCUGCUGCUGCUGCUCUACGCGGGCUGGCCCGCCUGCCUCCCCCCCCCUCUCUGUUACAGGCUGCUCUUCGGGCUGCUCUACCCUGCCUACGCUUCCUACAAGGCUGUCAAGACCAAAAACAUCCGGGAAUAUGUUCGAUGGAUGAUGUACUGGAUCGUCUUCGCUCUCUUCAUGGCCACUGAGACCUUCACUGACCUGCUCAUCUCCUGGUUUCCCUUUUAUUACGAGGUUAAAAUGGCUUUUGUCAUCUGGCUGCUCUCACCCUACACCCGGGGGGCCAGUCUGCUCUACCGCAAGUUCAUACACCCCACGCUGGCCCGCAAGGAGAAGGAGAUCGACACGUACAUCAUCCAGGCCAGGGAGCGCAGCUACGAGACGAUGGUGCGCUUCGGCAAGAGGGGCCUCAACCUGGCAGCCACGGCCGCGGUCCAGGCGGCUGCCAAGAGCCAGGGCGCGUUGGCCGGGCGGCUCCGCAGUUUCAGCAUGCAGGACCUGCGCUCCAUCCCCGACGAAGCCCCCGUGCAUUACCGGGACCCCCUGUACCUGGAGGAGCAAGAGGAGCAGGAGACCCGCCGGCAGCUGCUGGCCUACAGCACAUCAUCAACCUGCCGGCAGUGUGAGAGUGAGACGGAGGAUGAGGAGCUCUGGUCAGACUCAAGGGUCUCUCCAGAGCCUUUGUCCCACAACUGGGACCCCAAACCCCUCUCCCGCAGCCAGAGCCUGCGCACGGUGAGGAAGAAGGCACCAGGAAAAGAG